AUGGCAGGAAAGAAGAAGAAAUCAUUGGCAAAUAAACUGGCGAAAAUGUCGGAUGAAGAAAGAGCCAGGUAUUUACAGCAUAGGGCAGAGAUUGAAGAGGAAGCAAGACGAAGAAAAGAACAACUAGUUGCCACGUUUAUGAAGAAAAAAAUCAAGAAAGAAGAAGCAUUUUCACGAUUAAAUAUGGCCAAAAUUAAUCAAAAUUGGCACCAAAUUAUGCGAAAAAUAAAAGUGAAAGAAAUGAAGGAAGAUAUAGAAUAUCUUAGGAAGUGGAUUGAAACGCUGUUGGAGUUUAAAAAUAGAAGAAUUUCAAAACUAAUGGAGGAACUUGAAGAAGCUGAAGAGCAGUACUUGCAUAAUUUCAAUUCGCACUCAGACCAUUUGAACAAAAUUACCGAAAGUCAAAACGAAUACAUUGAAAAUCUACAAUCUGAGUAUCAAGAGGAACUGGAUGAAUUAUUAAAACAAACCGAAAAAGAAAGAUCUUCCAUUAUAGAGCAUUCUAAUUUGGAAACGGCUUAUUUGAAAACUGUAUCCUUUGGGCAGAACAGUAAAGCCUCCAAGGAAAUGAGAGAAAAUUGGGAGUAUUAUAGCAAACAACUUUAUGAAGUUGAGUUUAAUAAUCGGGAAAAACUUCGUCAAUUAAGAAAAACUCGUGGUGAAACAGAAUCCGCACUCUGGCAGCAAAUUUUAAAAGUUGUGAGUUUAUACGUGCAGAAAACCGACGUAAGAAGAAGCCAUUUGCAGGAGCUAAAGACUAAAGAUGCUCAAAGUGCGGAGGAAAUACGGAAAAAUGAGGAGAAAAUUAAUAAAGAUGAGGAGUUAAUUAAAAAUCUCACAGUAACACUUGAGGACCUCCUGAAACAAAAAACUGCCAAAAUUAGUUCUCUCGAGGCAGAAGACAAAAUUCUAAAUAAUAAUUUCAAUAUAAUCCGUAAGACUCUUAAAAAGAAUUUGGAUUUAGAUGAGAAGCAACUUAAAAUUUUGAUUUCUUCAUCGAAUGAAGCUCUCAGUGCAAUGGAGACUAUUUUUAAAAAAGGUCAACACCUGCUAAAUCUCUCCAAUACUUGUAAGAAAUUUCAGACUGAGAGGGAAAAACUUUUGAAGUGGUUACCGGUUUUUAAUUUAGACGAAUUAUAUGAGAAAGAUGCUUUAUCGGAAGAUAUUGUGGUAAAGGAAGACAAGGUGACCAAGGAUGAAGAAAACCAAAUACAAAAAUCGUUAAAUCGAGAAUCUGAGAUAGAUCCUGCACAAAUGCAAGAAGAGUCUCAAGAAGUUAGCAAAACAAGCCCUCAAAGAGGAGCAGCAUGUAAAUACGUAUCCACAUCUGCAAAGCAGUCUACUGAUAAAUCCUCAUUUAUUCCCAUAAAAGAUAUCACAAUUGAAGCUAAAAAAACUGAACAAACUGCAAUCAUGUCCAGUAAAUCGAGUUUUGAUGGAGAUGCUUUAAAAGCAUCUGCUAAACGAAGUUUUCCAGACGAAUGUUGUCGAAGCUUGGAAAAGCUGGAAAAUUUUUGGGUAAUGUAUAAUAAGACUUACAUCGAUACUAAGGAGUUAGCAGAAGAAAAAGACUUCUUAGAAAAAGAAAAUAAGCAAUUGAGAGGAUUAAUAAGAGCCGUUCUGGAGUCGGCAGCUUUGGACAAGGUUAGUCCAGAAAGUAAGGUUUCUACACGAGCUCAAUCGAAGAUCACGGGUGCACGUUCCGCUCCUUUACGUCGAAUUAUUUUUAGCUAACUCAUUUAAGGCAUCCAUCCUUUUGGGUUUUUUUUUUCAGUGAGGAUAGAAAAAAGAUUUUUGACCAAAAGGUUACUUUUAUUUUAUUUCUGAAUAAAACAAAUUGUGGUUGGUUUUAUGGCUUUUAGAGUUGCGUUAUAAGACCAAUAAGUACUGAAAAUUACAAUGAAACAUCAAUUGGACGUAGUUAUGCACAAUGCGACCAAGUGCUAAAAUAACAAUCGUGGGAAAAUACAAUUAAGUUUAGAAUGACCUUAAAAAUCGGUAAAUUAGAAUACAGAUAUAAUUUCUGCAAGGCACUAUUUCAAAUUAUACUAUGUAAGCUUUUAGUGAAAAAUAAUAAAUUUUAGAAGUUAUGAUAAACAAUGUCGCCGGGUCUGGUUAGGCUUUUUAGUGAUUAUUAGGUUUUUUUAUUUUACAAAACUGAACCAUACGCCAAACUUGUCGCCUAGAGUGUUUAUGCAAAACCAUGUAUUUUCUUUUUAGACUAUAUAUUUCGACUAACAGCCCUACUUUUCUAUAAAGUAGUUUAUGAAUAGCUGAAAAUUUUGUUAGCUAGACUUAAACUGAAAAGUGACUAUUUAAAACUUUUACAGACCUUUUAGAAAAUCCUCUAAAAGCACUUUUUAUUUUAAACUAAAAGAAGCAACAACUAAACCACUUUAUUUACUAACAUAAUAAGCUAAGCAAAUAACAGAAUUGCAUAAGUAUAUCAUAAUUGGAAAAACGAGGAAGAGUUUCUUUGUGAGAACUAACGAUUAUCUAAAAAAUGUCAUUGUCAAAGACAUUUUCAAUGUCAAAAUCCGGUUGCCAAUCAUAUCCCUCUAAGUCAUCCUCAAUACUUGGAUCACCUAAGAGGUCUUUAUAAGUUUGGAAGUAAAUUUUUAAAGCUGGUUUAUGGAGUUUCCUUAUUCUGUGGUCUUCCACGCUUUUUUUCUAUGUUAAUUUGUUGAUACUAUAUAUACCACUGGUGUGCUUGAGGUAGGUAAAGGGAAAUCAUAGGAAAACUACCUAAGGAAUGAAGUCUAAUGGAAGAUUUCACAGAAAUGACGAGUUUAAAGGGAAUAUGUAUAGGAGGGCAUGGGUUAAGACGUUAUACCAAUAAAGUAGUAAAAAAUGAGGCAUUCGUAAAAUAUUAAGCCUCAUGAUAUGUUGGCAUCUUUAUUAAAUUAUCUUGCAGCUAUUGUCAAUAUUAUUUAUUAAAGAUUAUGUUUUGCGUUAUUAAUUGAACGCUUAAAAUAUAAACUUGUAUUAAGAGAUGUGGAUCAUAAAAUUUGCA